AUUUUUCGCCAUGUUCUAUAUGUAAUUGAUGCGUAUAAUUCUUUUAUGCCUUUCGAGCCAUUUUAGCUUUGGAAUGAUGGUGAUUCGCGUGGUUCUGAUGGUCAUGGCGAUCGGGCUUUGCCAAGUGUCCCAAUCAUCAUGCCCGCCGAACGAGAUGCAAAGCGAGUGCGCCUACUGCGGCCCGAAGCGGUGCGAGGAGCUGGGCCAGCCGGUGCCGUGUUCGGGCGGCACCGCGCUGUGCCGGCCGGAGUGCGUCUGCGUCGACGGCUCCGUCCGGGCCGAGAACGGCACGUGCAUACCCAAGGCGGAUUGCCCUAGCUGUGGUGGUGAUAGAAACGCCACCUCUGGCUGCGGCAACUACUGCGGCAACUCUUGCUCGGACUACAAGGAGGUCAACAAGACCUGCCUGACUGGCUGCCUAUACAACAGAUGCGAUUGCAGAACUGGCUACGUCUACCAUGACAGUUUGAAGAAAUGUGUGCUGCCUGUUGAUUGUUGAUUCGAAGACGUCAGUGGGAGUACAGGGCUGCUGAAAUCGGAGGUAUUUAUUAGAUGGGAUGCAUUCCCGGAAUAUUAUCAUUACCUAAAGCUGUGUUUAGCUUCUAUUUAAAUAAAUAUGUAAAGGGUAGAGUUGUAUGUUUUAUUUUGGUUAAAAAAUACUGAGCACACACAAAACCAAUGAUUUCAG